UACGAGUUGUGAGUUGAUUUUUAAGUUGCGAUUUUGUGGCUACAACUUGAGUGUGUGUGGCACUUAACAGCUAAUUGGAUUUAGGCUUUUGAGCUCUUUUAUUGCUUGGUGUUUCGAAAACAAUAUGCAAGAGGAUACGCUUUAUUGAGAAUUAACACUGGAGGAUGCUUUUCGCAAAAGUUAGUGGAGAAAACAGUAAGACAUAGACAAAACUCAGACGCUUUCCAACUGUUUGUCAAUCAAUCAUUGAGAACAAUUUGUUGAAAUUGCUACCAAAUUAUAUUUAAGGAAACAUGAUACAGUCCGCCCUCUUCAGUCUAUCUAGCAUGGUCUCCGUGCUCUUGCUGCUCACCUGCACUUGCGCCUAUGUGCGUUCGGUUGUUCCGCAAUUGCUGGAUCAGAACCGUCAGGGGUGGAAGGGCAUCUUCUGGAAGCUGGCGCGAAUCGGCGAACGCUGUAGCCCGUUUGUGGCCUGCGCCUGUGUAUUUCGCGCCUUUGCGCUCCUGCUGGGCUACUGAGUGGGUCUGUCAACACUACCGAUGAUGCUACUGCCUUCCACGUUUGGCUUUUUGCGGCAAGCAGCUGUAAUCAAUAUGCAAACAAACCAUUUGCCACAAUAAUUACAAAGUAAUGCAGCAGCGCGGCUGUCGAGCGGCGCAAAAUGCAAAAAUAAACGUUGCAAACGCACAAAAGGCAA